AGAAAAUUUCAUCUCCCAUCAGAGCCCGGCGCAUUCAACGUUGCUUCAGGACAGUCAGUGCAGGAUGCACUCACUCAUCCAACCCAAUGCUUGGGUAGCAAUCAAGCUUCCUUCGGGGGAUUUAAAAGUGCUCCAGGUCACUCCCAAUACCACUAUUUCCCUAGGGAAAUACGGUUCCUUCCCAAGCAACUUGAUUAUACAUAGACCAUACCAUCUUACCUACGAGUUAGAAGACAGACGCGAACCCGAAAUCUUCAACCGUUUACGCAUCGUCCCCGCCUCGGAACUCUACAGCGACAUAAUUCCAGCCGAAUCCUCGACAUCUUCAGAUGCGGCAACGCCAGUACCUGAAGAAGAUGCAGGGACCGUCAUUCCGACCGGGGUUGAGUAUUCGCUCGUGGACCCGGACUCUGGCGUCGUGUUGGCUAAGACCAACCGCGCAGAGCUGGACGCUUCAGCCCGCCAGAAGCUCAGUAUGGACGAGAUCGAGGCAUUAAAAAAAGACGCUACUGGCGCAGGGAAGGACUUGAUUGCGAAAUUGAUGCUUUCACAUACGGCGCUGGACCAGAAGACGGAGUAUUCGCUGGCCAAAUACAAGCUGCUUAAGACCAAGAAGUAUAUCCGGAGAUUCAGUGUGCUACCCAUGGACGUACCACUAUUGGACCACUUUCUACUGGAAGAGAAGGACCCGCUCAAAAUCUUGGAUAUGAGGGAUGAGAUGAUCGCGUUACUUGGCUGCUGGGCGAACGUGCACUAUGGGGGGCGGCAUCGGUGUGAGAAGGAAGUCUCUCACGUUGAUGACGCACAAAUAGCUGAGGAUUCCGAGCCCGGUACUGGGCGCUGGCUUGUCUUGGAUGACACGGGCGGCUUACUUGUAGCAGCCAUGGCAGAGAGGAUGGGCAUUUUGUACCCGUCUGAUAACGGAGAGUCACUGCAGAAGUAUUUGGGGUCCCAGCAGCCAGCAACUCGCCCAAAAGCUUCUGUAACCGAUGGUGGCGCGGGAAAACAAGAUGCAUCUUCGAAUCCAAGCGCCUCCGCCGCGAAAAGAGAAUCUCCGGGUAAACUGGAAUCGUUACCCGACCGAAUCGCCACCAAGGCAAACGCGGAUACUGAUAUGAAGCUGGCGUCAAAUCCAUCGUUGCCUGAGGCAGAAUCGGCUUCUCUGGUGAAACAGGAGUCUACUUCGAAUGCGGCAGCAUUUUCGGCGAAAACAGACACUGCGGUCUGUCAAAGCUCAGAAGGAAAGCCUAAGAGACAUCCAGAUGGCAGACACCGCGGCGAUGAUAUGAAGGUCCCGUAUGCGGAUUCCAAUACUUUAACUUUGAUCCACGCCAACUCGCAGCCGAACCUCACUUACCUUCGAUACUACGAUUUCGACAUCGCGAGUCCUACACAGACGGUGGCGCACCCACUUGCAACAAAUCUCAUGACGCUCUCUUGGCUACAGCUGCUGGACCCUUCCGCUGAUACAACAUACAGCGCAGAACCAGCAGUGGUUGACGCAGAGGAGUUGAAAACAUGGAAACCAAACCGUCGCGGGAACUACCAUCGCAAGAGGCGCCGCUGGGCACGCAUUCGUCAUAUUGUAGACACGACAAAGAAAGGCGGGUUUUCGGGUUUAGUUGUGGCGAGCACAAUGGAUCCCGUAUCUAUCUUGCGACAUGCUAUUCCGUUGCUUGCAGGCGGUGCGCCAAUUGCAAUUUACUCACAGUCCAUCGAACCACUCACCGCUCUUGUCGACAGCUAUAGUAUCGGACGACGGGCGGCGUGGAUAUCCAACCCACCCGAGGAGGCCGAAGGCAAAACCCCAGAGGAACUGGAGCAAUGGGCUGGAACCGAAGAAUUCCCUUUAAACCCCACAUUAUUGCUGGGAGCUGCGGUACAAACAAGCCGGGUCAGGAAAUGGCAAGUUUUGCCCGGAAGAACACAUCCAUUAAUGACGAGUAAGGGAGGUUCUGAGGGUUACAUUUUCACUGCAUGGAGAGUUAGGCCUGCAGAGGGCAAGGUGGAAGCUAGAGGAAAAGGCAAGCAGAGAAAACGGAAGGCUGACGAGCAGGUCAGCUGAGCCGCUUGAGGAUGGAAUAGACUUUACUGGUCGGUAGCCUCGACUUCACAUAGAGAGACCGGCACCUGGAUCGUCAUAGCCUCAUGAUACCCCCGUGUAUAGAGCUUUUCUGUCAAGCGCGAUCCCCAGGGAUUAACUCGCUCCUUCGCCGCCAUAUUUCUCAUACACAACCACCCCGUGUAACUCCUCACAGGCUCUUGCCCAU